AUGACAGUCGACCUCCCCAAGACCAUGAAGGCCGUCGUCCUCGAGGCCCCCUACAAGGUGGCCGUGAAAGAGGUGCCCACGCCCGAGAUCAAGGAGGACAACGACGUGAUCGUCAAGACCAAGCUCGCCGGUCUUUGUGCAGAGCAGGCAUGUUGGAAUAGAGAAGCGUCGCCGCCCUCGCCUCCGCCUCCGCCUUCGGCUCCGGCGCCGGCAUCGCUAACAGCAGGCUCCGACCUCCACAUCUACCGCGGCCACCAGCCGGGCUGUGACGGCAUCACGAUCGGGCACGAGAUCCUCGGCACCGUCGUCCAGGUCGGGAAGGGCGUCAAGAGCUUCAAGCCGGGAGCCGAGUACGUGCGCAUCCCCGAGGGCGAGGCGUCGCUGUACCACGCCCCGCCCGAGGUGCCCGAGAAGCUCAUGCUGCUCAUGGCCGACAUCAUCCCGACGGGGUACUACGUGGCCUACCAGGCGCGGCACGGGAUGGAUGACGGGCAGAUCCCCUCCCAGUCGCUUGACGGCACGGUGGUGCAGCCCGAGGGGAAGAAGGGCGUGUGCGUGGUGGUGGGGUGCGGCCCCGUCGGCCUGUGCGCCAUCACGUGUGCCAAGACCAUGUUCGAGACCGUUUUCGCGACCGACCUGGCGCCGCACCGUCUCGAAGCGGCGCGGAAGCACGGCGCGAUCGCCCUCCCGCCCUCUGAGCUGAAGGAGGCGGUUCUGAAGGCCACGGAGGGCCGCGGGGCUGAUGCCGCCUGCGAGGUCGUGGGGCACCAGAGCGCCCUCGACACGGCCAUCGACGCCGUGCGGCCGUACGGCACAGUGGCGAGCUGCGGCCUGCACACGCACGACGUCACCGUCCCCGGCCUGACGCUGUAUGGCAAGAACCUCAAGCUCAUCUUUGGCCGCUGCGCAGUGCGCACCUACACGCCCGCCGCAAUGCAGGUCCUCAAGGACAAUGUGGACCUGUUCGAGAGCUUUGUCGAGCACGAGGUCAGCGUCGACAAGGCGCCAGAGUACUAUGAGAUGUUUGAGAAGAACAAGAUUGCAAAGACGGCGUUUGUGUUUGAGUAG